AUGGCGGAGACGGUGAUCCGGCAGCUCCAGCAGAUCGCGCGCGACGGCCGCACGGUCCUCGCGACGAUCCAUCAGCCGUCGUCGGAAGUAUUCGCCAUCUUCGACCAGCUUUAUCUGUUGUCGGACGGGUCACCUGUGUACCAGGCCAAGGCGAGCGAGUCGGUGGACUACUUCGCAUCCCUUGGGUACCCCUGUCCUCCGCAGAUCAACCCGUCCGACUACUUUAUGCGUCAACUGGUUGUCAUUGACAAGGCUACCGAUGAGGCUGGCGUGGCGAGGGUGGAGGGGCUGAAGGAGGAGUGGAGGAAGCACCAACGGCUGCCCCAUUCGGAGUCGGUAUCUAUGCUCCAGGGCGAACAGCACGUCGAGAGCUCGAGGGUCGAUCUGUUCACCCAAGUGGGUAACCUGUUCCUCGCUGUGAUCGUUGGUUUGAUCUACUUGCAGCUGGAUCUGGACCAGAAGGGCAUCCAGAACUUCAGCGGUGCCUUCUUCUUCCUCGUGACCAACCAGAUCGUGGUGACGGCGAACCCCGUGUUCGUCUCGGUGCCCAUGGAGCUGGCACUGAUCUCCCGAGACGAGUUCCCGAUGCAGAUCCUCCUCCCGAUUGUCUUCUUCGUGCCCAUCUACUUCCUCAUGGGCAUCGGCCACGGCUUCGACGUGUUCAUCUACCUGCAACUGGUCAUGAUCCUCACCAAUAGCUGCGCCAUCGGUCUGGCCUACGUGGUGUCGUGUCUUGUGCCGCGCGUCGACAUUGCUCCGCUGAUCGGUGGUCUGCUCAUCAACUCGGACGACUGCCCCGACUACUUCGUCUGGAUCCAGUACAUCUCACCGGUCAAGUACGGCUACGAGGCCAUCAUGAAGAUCUUCUGGAACGCUGUUUCGUCCAUCGAUUGUAGUACGACGAACUGCACUGCGCGCACGGGUGUUGAGGUACUGACCAGCUACAGUAUGACCUCCCGCUCGGCUUUGGGUGACGCACUUCUGCUGCUGCUGUUGAACGUCGUCUUCCGCGUGAUUGCGUUCAUCGCGAUCUGGCUCCGCUUGCACCAAAAGAAGUAA